AGGUAGGUAGCUUUCUGCCUUACACACAGCACAAUAUAGUCUAAGCCCUUUCGCAUUUUCGAAUCUUCAGCUUUAGAGCUUCAGCUUUAAAUCGUCUUGCUGCAAAACACGUUCAUAUAUCUGCUCUGUUGAGCUAUCCUAAGCUGUUCCAUAGUUAGCGACUCCGGACACUAUCCUUCGGAUCAAAUUCGGUUCACUUGACCACAUCAUCUACUCCUAAGCGUGGUUCAUCGCUUACGUGUCUGUGACUCGGUCGAUCAUUCCACUUAUGGCUUCUAAUCGAACGCGGCGUAUCGCAAAGGAGAUCGCGGAUAUUCGGGCAGAUACUCAUUCCCAAAUUACUGCCGAACCGGUGGAAGAUGACGAUGUAACACAUCUACGUGGCACGUUUCCGGGGCCCCCGGGUACACCGUAUGAAGGUGGUACUUAUGAAGUUGAUAUCAAGAUACCCAACGAUUAUCCAUUUCGGCCCCCUGUCAUGAAGUUUGUGACCAGGGUCUGGCACCCCAAUGUGAGCAGCCAAACGGGCGCGAUCUGCCUCGAUACGCUGUCAUCGGCAUGGUCGCCGGUGCUGACCAUCAAAUCCGCGCUUUUAUCUCUGCAAUCCUUACUCAGCACUCCUGAGCCCAAAGAUCCGCAGGAUGCAGAGGUAGCCACCAUGCUACUGCGAAGACCGAAAGAGUUCGAGCGUGUCGCCCGGGAAUGGGCCGUCAUCCACGCUGGGGCUCCCCGAAAACACGCUGGGGAGGGUAGUGGAGGAGCUACAGACGAAACUCUUCGCCAGGAGGAACUUAGGUCCAAGGCGGAGCAAGAAAGGGAAGAUCUUUCCAAGUACGACGGAUAUAACAAAGACCUGAUCGAUCGAUUCUGCAGCAUGGGCUUCGAUGUGGAUCGAGUGGUCGCGGCGUUCAAAUUUUACGGCAUUGAUCGAAUGAAUGGUGAGGACUAUGAAUUGGAUGAAGCUUAUAUGGGUGAUAUUACCGCACGGCUCCUGGGUGAGCCGUAAGUGACGGCGUGAUGACUCUUUGGGCUAUUUUUGGGCAACAAUAGCGAAUGAAACUGAUCGAAUGCAUGGUGCCUGGCGAAUGCUCCGUUUUCAAGAGAUUCUACCUUAUUUCUAUGGACAUUGUUUAUGGUUGGGAGGAGCAACGCCUUAUGGCAUGUCUUCAUGAACUAUUCUUUGCUUGUUUCCGGCUCUUAUGGCUGUCUACUUUAUGCUUCCUUUCCAUCUCCUGUCUCUUACUUUAAACUUGAUAUUGAGCUUCUGAAAUACGCUUCAGCGUUGUAGAAUGUCGUCGUAAAUUUAGUUUUAGCUAGAAUUGGCCGGCAACAAGCUGAUAACGAUAAGCG